AUGGAGAGAAAUCAGACCUGGAUCACAGAAGUCAUCCUACUGGGAUUCCAGGUUGAUCGAGCCCUGGAGUUGUUCCUCUUUGGAUUUUUCUUGCUAUUCUAUAGCUUCACCCUGAUGGGAAAUGGGAUUAUCUUGGGGCUCAUCUGCCUGGAUUCCAGACUUCACACUCCCAUGUACUUCUUCCUGUCACAGCUGGGCAUCGUUGACAUGUCCUACGCCUCAUGCACAGUCCCUAAGAUGUUAGUAAAUCUUGUGAUGCACAAAAAAAUCAUUUCCUUUGCUCCAUGCAUACUCCAGACCUUUUUGUACAUGGUUUUUGCUGUUGCAGAGUGUAUGAUUUUGGUGGUGAUGUCUUACGAUCGGUAUGUGGCCAUCUGUCACCCCUUGCAAUACAGCCUUAUCAUGAGCUGGAGAGUGUGCACCAUCCUGGUUGUCUCUUCCUGGGUGUUUUGCUUCCUCUUGUCUCUGGUCCAUUUGGUCCUCAUGCUGAGGCUGCCCUUCUGUGGGCCUCAUGAAAUCAACCACAUCUUCUGUGAAGUCCUGUCUGUUCUUAAGCUGGCCUGUGCUGACACCAGGCUCAAUGAAGUAGUCAUCUUCGGAGCCUGUGUGUUCAUCCUGGUGGGGCCCCUCUGCCUGGUGCUGGGAUCCUACUCACGCAUCCUCCUUGCCAUCCUGAACAUCCGAUCAGGGGAGGGCCGCAGAAAGGCCUUCUCUACUUGCUCCUCCCACCUCUGCGUGGUGGGGCUCUUCUUCGGUGGAGCCAUGAUUGUGUACCUGGCCCCCAAAUCCAGCCAUUCUCAAGAACAGAGGAAGAUUCUAUCAUUGUUUUAUAGCCUUUUCAACCCAAUGCUGAACCCCCUGAUCUACAGCCUGAGGAACACAGAGGUGAAAGGGGCCUUAUGGAGAAUUCUCUGGAAACAGAGACCAAUGUGA